AUGUAAAUAGAGCAACCACAGAUUAAAAAGUAAUAUGAAAAGGCUCAUGUUUCUUUGCAUCAUAAACAAAUUCCAUAUUUACCAUCCACCAUCACAGCUCUCUCAAAUAAUCCUAUGUAGCAAUUAUUGCUGGUUGGUAAAGAAAAUGGAGUGAUUGAAAUCUAUUCUUAUCCAACAUACACUCAAAUUUCAAUUUGUUGUUCCAUCAAUAGUUAAAUUCGUUCACUCUUUUGGAUUGAUGAAGAACAUUUCAUUUGUGCAUAUUUAAGUGGUCAAAUUUCAUUGUUUAAUAUUCACGAUUAUAAACCUCUAAAUAAUUUUUAAUUGCCAGAUAAUAUUAAUAUCUAUGAAUCCAUACCCACCAUUGACUCAUACUUUUUAUGUGCUUGCAGUGAUGGUUCCAUCAGAAAAUUCGAUUAUUAAAACAAUAAAAUAUAUCAAAUUCAACAAUCACAACAAUUAGAUUGCCAAUGUUUAUCGAUUGCUAUUAAUAAAGAAUAUGUUUAUGCAUCUUUCUCUAAUGGGUCUAUCAGAUAAUUAACCUAAAAGACAUUAUUGCAAUAACAAACAUGGCAACUCAAUAUAAGCAGUUCCAAAAUUGCCAAAGCUAAUGUUAUUAUCCCUUGGAAAUUAUGUAUUUGCAAUAAUAAUCUCUUUAUUGGAUCAUCAAAUGGCAGUGUGAUUAUUUAUGAGACCUAAUUUAACACUGAAAUCCAACAAAUACAAACACACAUGUCAGAUAUUCUUACUUUAUAUCCAAAUCUAAAUAAUGUUUAUGUGAGUGGAGUAGAUAGCAAAAUUGUUUGUUUAUCAUAUAAUGGAUCACAAUAUUAAAUAACCUAACAAAUAAGAGGACAAUCUCAUGAUGUUUAUGCCUUUGAAAUCAUUAAGAAUAAUAUCCUUAUAUCUGGAGGUCUUAAUACUGAUAUUUGUUAUUAUAAAUUAGAUGGCAAUGGUUAAUUACUUUAAUAGAAUUAGUUUACACAUAUUUUCACUAUUCCUAGAAGUGAACAAUUUAUUUGCAAUCAUUAAUAUAUUGCAAUUAAUAAAUAUGAUUCUAUAGAUUUGUUAUCUUAUGAUAUUGAAUCUGAUCCUAUCUAUUGGUGUGAAUUCAAACUCUAGAAACCAGCUCAUUUUAUUAAAUUGACUAAAAAUUUAUUGUGUUAUGGUUAGAGUGAUUAAACUGUUGCCAUGAGUGAAGUUGAUAAGCAAUUUAAAAAAUAUAAAGUUUAUCCGCAUUUCAAAUGUAUGGAGUUUGAUCACACUUAAAAGUCAUUUUAUAGUAUUGACAAAGAUGAUAAACUAUUUAAACAUAAAUUUAAUGGACAAUCUCAAUUUAUAGCUUAAUUAAUUCAUGGAUAACCAAAAUUAAUGAAAUUUGUUAAUAAAAGAAUACUAAUAAUCACAUAUCCUUACUUACAAAAGUUCAUUUCUGUAAAUGUCGUUAACAAUACUGUUGAGUAAAUUGACUGUAGAUCUAAUCAAAAUUAUGUAACGAAUAUUUUGAUAAUCAAUGGCAAAUGUAUGAAAAUACUUGUCACUUAUGCUUCUCACAUUUUUGCAAUUUACAACUACGAUUUCAAAGAAUAAUUAUGGCAAAUGAAUUCAUAUUCUAAAGAACAUAUGAUGCAUUCUCCUCUUAAUGUUUCUCUUUUAAAGGAUCCAAUAAGAGGAGCAAUCACUGAUAAUUAAGAUAGCAAAAGAAUGUUAUUAUUUACUAAUAAUCAUUUCAUUAGACUUCAUCAAAGAGGAGUACCACCUAAAGAAGUAAAGGAGUAAGAAUUCAGUAAGAUGCUGUAACCAGAGAAGAAGGAUUCUGGAUAAAAAUUGGAUAUCGUUGACAAUUAUGCAUUGAUUUAUCACAAUUAUGUGAUCUUGAAUUGCUUGAAUGUCAGCAAUUAGAAUUACAUCUUAUUGGAAUGGGAUAAAUAAGCCACCUUUUCUUAAAUUCAAGGUGCAUUUGAUGGAAAAAAAUAUAAGCGUUGA